GUUAUGCGCUACCAGGUUCUGCUGUCGCUGAUGCUCUCCAGCCAGACCAAGGACCAGGUGACAUCAGCUGCCAUGCUGCGCCUGAGGCAGCGUGGCCUCACGGUCGACAACGUUUUGCAGAUGGAUGAUGCGACGCUGGGGCAGAUCAUUUACCCCGUGGGAUUCUGGAGGAACAAGGUGAAGUACAUAAAGCAGACGACAGCCAUCCUGAAGCAGAAGUACGGGGGCGACAUACCGAGAACUGUGGAGGAGCUGGUGCAGCUGCCGGGAGUCGGCCCCAAAAUGGCCCACUUGGCCAUGAACAUUGCCUGGGACAGUGUGUCCGGGAUAGCUGUGGACACCCACGUGCACAGGAUCACGAACAGGCUCAAGUGGGUGAAGAAGGAGACCAGAAGCCCCGAGGCAACUCGGGUAGCGCUGGAGGACUGGCUGCCCAGGGAUCUCUGGAGGGAGCUAAACUGGCUCUUGGUGGGCUUUGGCCAGCAGACCUGCCUGCCCGUGAACCCUCGCUGCAAUGAGUGCCUCAAUCGAGACAUUUGCCCAGCUGCUAAGAGACGCUUGAGGGAUCAGCCGGGCUUCGGAGAGCAACAAAGCUGCUUCGGCUCGGCGGCAGCCCGGAGCUGAGCCCUGGUAAAGCUGGGCUUCGCACGGGGCU